GGAUGGAUGAUGAUGCAGUAUAUAUAAGCACUAGAUAAUGUAGCUAAUGCAAGGCGCCUAGGUACUCUGAAUUGAUUAUUAGAAAUGGAGUAUGUAGCCAUUAUAGGUGGAUUACUACUUGCCUGGACUUUGCUUCAAUGCAUUCGUUGCGUAGCAAUAAGCAAAAGACGCAACAAAAAUAUUCCACCAGGGCCAGUUCCCCUGCCAUUGAUUGGAAAUUUGCAUAACAUUCUUGGUGAUCAACCUCAUCAGUCCCUUGCCAGGCUUGCCGAGAAGUAUGGCCCAAUGAUCAGCCUCAGAAUGGGCCAACUAACGACAGUGGUUAUAUCUUCAUCAGCAGUUGCCAAAGAAGUCCUACAAAAGCAAGAUUUGGCCUUCUCCAGCAGAACAAUCCCAGAUGCACUUCAUGCGCAUAAUCACUCUCAAUUCUCUGUGGUGUUUCUACCAGUUUGCUCUCAGUGGAGAAGCCUAAGGAAAGUUUUGAAUUUUCAUAUCUUCUCCAGCAACAGGUUUGACGCAAGUCAACAUCUCAGGUCCCAAAAGAUCCAAGAUUUAAUUGAUUACUGCCGCAAGUGUAGCCAAAGUGGAGAGGCAGUGAAUAUAGGCCAAGCUGCUUUCGAGGUAAUGAUAAAUUUAGUUUCUAAUACCAUUUUUUCCAAGGAUGCAGCGGACCCUUAUGCAAAUUCAGGAAAAGAAUUCAAGGAAGUGGUAUGGAAAAUUAUGGAAGAAGCUGGUAGGCCCAAUUUUGCUGAUUAUUUCCCCCUGUUGAAAACGAUUGAUCCUCAAGGGAUAAGGCGACGAAUAGGCAAGCAUAUUGAUAAGUUGCUUCAGCUGAUUGAGGAACUGAUCAACGAACGAUUGCAGCAAAGGAGUAAAUUGCCAAAUAACAGUAGCACUGAUUUUCUUGAUGCUUUGUUGAAUACCAGUCAAGAGGAUGCACAGGCAAUCAACAGAAAUCAUAUAAAACACUUGUGCCUGGACCUUUUCGUUGCGGGAACGGAUACAACUUCAAGUACAUUAGAAUGGGCAAUGGUAGAGGUCAUGAGAAAACCAUACAUAAUGAAGAAAGCUAAAAGCGAGCUUGCAGAUGUUAUUGGCAAAGGCAAGAUAAUUGAAGAGUACGACAUCACCCGCCUCCCUUAUUUGCAGUGCCUAGUGAAAGAAACCUUGCGAAUGCACCCACCAGUUCCCUUUUUGAUUCGCAAGGUCGAUCAAGACAUCGAGGCGUGUGGCUAUUUUAUUCCGAAAGAUUCUCAAGUUUUAGUGCACGUAUGGUCAAUAGGCCGUGACCCGGCCAUAUGGGAGGAUCCUCUGGCAUUUAAGCCUGAGAGAUUUUGGGGUUCGAAAAUGGACGUCCGCGGCCAAGAUUUUGACCUCAUUCCAUUUGGUUUUGGCAGAAGAAUUUGCCCGGGAUUGCUUUUGGCGACCGCGAAAUUAUCUGUAAUGUUGGCUUCAUUAUUGAAUUCAUUUGAUUGGAAAGUUGAAGGUGGUAUUGCUCCUGAGGAUUUGGAUGUGGAAGAAAAGUUUGGGAUUACACUAGCGAGAUCACGUCCUUUACGUGCUGUCGCUAUUCCGCUAUAAAUAUCGGGUCUAGAUUGACCAUGUAACAACAUUAUUAGUGAGGAGACAAUACUUAAAACUUAGGAAUUGGGAGUCUUGAUGUUCGUGCACCUCGGUCACGAAUUAAUAAUGUUCCACAUGUUAGUAUAGAGUAUAUAUUUAGUUUACCAUAUUAGCUAAUGAUUUGUUGUAUUCUUCCCAAUAUUUAGUUUACCAUAUUACUAAUGA